AUGAUUGAUCUGUUUAUGCCUAUUCGAUCGUUUCUCAAGUUUCAAAACGUAUACACGGAUAAUAAUAUUUUCCGAUUGCAUUACAAAUUGACUGUGAUAAUACUGCUUGUAUGUACCUUGUUAGUUACAUCUAAACAAUUUUUUGGGGAGCCUAUACAUUGUAUAAGUGAAGGUGAAACUAUCAAUAAAGAUGCGAUAAAUAGUUAUUGCUGGAUCUAUGGAGCCUUUACUUUGGAAAAUCAACCUGCUGGACGUUUACUAUUCGUCAAAGCCAAACACAUGCUUUACCCUGGAGUUGGCACUGAUACUACUGGUGAUGCAAAGCAUAGAAGACACUCUUACUACCAGUGGGUAUCCUUUAUACUUUUGUGUCAAGCUGCUAUGUUCUACACUCCACAUUACCUCUGGAAGAUCUGGGAAGGUGGCAAGCUGAAGGCAUUAGUAUCUGAUUUAGCCAAUCCUCUUGUAACAAAAAAUUGGGGAGAAUCCAGACGUGCGGAAAUGUUAUCCUAUUUGACAUAUUCCAAUAUCCAUACACAUAUGAAAUAUGCUUUACUUUAUGGUUUUUGUGAAGUACUUAAUUUUGUAAACACAGUUGGCCAAAUAUUUCUCCUAGAUUUAUUCUUAGGUGGUUCAUUCCGGAAUUAUGGUUCAGCCGUUGCCACAUUUACCCAGGUGCCAGAUUUGCCAACAGAAUCACAGCAACCUAACCCUAUGGAUUUAUACUUCCCCAAGCUAACGAAAUGUUCAUACAGAGACUUCGGGCCAUCAGGAACACCUCAACUGAAAGAUCGUCUAUGUGUAUUACCUUUAAAUAUAAUAAAUGAAAAAAUAUUUGCAGUUUUAUGGUUCUGGCUCAUAAUUCUUGCAGUUUUGUCUGCUCUUGCUAUAUUCUUCAGAAUUAUUAUUUUUACAGUGCCUACUGUUCGCACAUAUCUGAUCAUGAGCCGUGUUAGGCAAGUUGAUAGAUAUGUUGUUUCUAAAAUAACCAAUCAUUUUGGUUAUGGUGAUUGGUUUGUUCUUCACUUGCUUGGCAAGAACAUGAAUCCAAUUGCUUUUAAGGACCUUGUUUUAGAAUUGUCUAAAGAAAUAGGCAAUAACAAAGCUUAUAAUGUU